GCGGCGGGCGCGGAGCGCCGGCGGUGAAGAUGGAGCCGCGUCCGCCUGGGACCGAGCCCCCGCUGCCCCGGGGGCCGGGACCGGGGCCCGAGCCAGAGCUGGAACCGGAGCCGGAGCUGGAACCAGAACCGGAGUUGGAACCAGGACCGGAGCUGGACCUGGAACCGGAGCUGGAACCAGAACCGGUUCCAGUGCUGGACCUAGAACCCGAGCUGGACCUGGAACCGGAGCCGGACCUGGACUUGCAACGGGAACCGGAGCCGGAGCUGGGACCAGAACCGGAGCCAGAGCUGGACCUGUACCCGGAGCCGGAGCUGGAACCAGAACCGGACCCGGAGCUGGAACAGGAGGCAGAUCUGAGCCCGGAGCCCGAGCUGGACCUGGAGCCGGAGCUGGAACAGGAGGCAGAGCUGGGCCCGGAGCUGGAUCUGGACCUCUGGGCCCUUGAUGCCGCCGCUGCCGGCGCGGGGCCGCCGCCCUGGUGCCCGGGGCAGGCCGGGGACAGCCCGGGCCCGGAGGGCUCCGCCGAGCCCCCGCCCGAGGAGGAGCCGCGCCUCCGGCCGGUCUUCGACGCCCUGGACCGCGACGGCGAUGGCUUCGUGCGUGUGGAGGAGUUCGUGCAGUUCGCCACGGCCUACGGCGCCGAGCAGGUAAAGGACCUAACAAAAUACCUGGAUCCCAGUGGGUUGGGAGUUAUCAGCUUUGAAGAUUUCCAUCGGGGCAUCAGAGCCAUCAGAAAUGGAGACCCUGACAGCCAGCUGUAUGAUAUGGGAUAUACCCCCGAGGAGGAAGCCCCGGCCUGCCCCGAUGAGUUUGAUGAUUUCGUCACGUUUGAGGCAAAUGAGGUGACUGACAGUGCCUACAUGGGCUCAGAGAGCACCUACAGUGAGUGUGAGACCUUCACAGAUGAGGACACCAGCACCCUGGUGCAGCACGAGAUGCACGACGAGGUGGAGACCGACAGCGCCAUCGACUCCGCCGUGCACUCGGAGUUCACCGACGCCAUCGAGGAGCCGGAGCAUGGGUCCCACCCCCACGAGCUGGCCCUGGGCUCCGAGCUCAGCCCCUCCAUUGUCACCGUCAUCAGCGGGGAGGAGCAUUUCGAGGAUUACGGGGAGGGCAACGAGGCCGACCUGUUCCCAGAGCCUUUGUGUAAUGGGGAAAGCAGCUUUGGCAGCUCCUCCUUCCUCUCUCCCAGCACCAAUCCCCUCGCUGCCAAACUGCACAGCAUUCUCGCAGAUGAAGCUUUUGAGUUUUACUGUAGCCAGUGCCACAAACAAAUCAACCGCCUCGAGGAUCUCUCUGCUCGCCUCAAUGAUCUUGAGAUGAAUAGCCCCAAUAAAAGACUUUCCAGCAAGAAGGUGGCAAGGCAGCUGCACCAGACGAGCUCGCUGGCCGUGGGGGUGAUGGAGGAAUCCUACCGGGAGAGCCUGGAGUGCACCGACGAGGACAUCACCGACAAGGUGGUGUUCCUGGAGAAGCGGGUGACGGAGCUGGAGAAGGACACGGCUGCCAACGGGGAGCAGCACAGCCGCCUGCGGCAGGAGAACCUGCAGCUGGUGCACAGAGCAAAUGCACUCGAGGAGCAGCUGAAGGAGCAGGAGCUGAGGGCUGACCAGACCCUGCUGGAGGAGAUCAAGAAGCAGAGGGAGCUGCUCAGCAAAAUGGAGAGGGAGAAGAGCAUUGAGAUUGAGAACCUGCAGGCCAGGCUGCAGCAGCUGGAUGAUGAGAACAGCGAGCUGAGGUCCUGUGUCCCCUGCCUGAGAGCCAACAUCGAGAGGCUUGAGGAGGAGAAGCAGAAGCUGCUGGAUGAGAUUGAGGACCUCACUGUGCAGCUCACAGAGGAGCAGGAGAAAAAGAGGAAGAUGGGGGACAAGCUGAGUCAGGAGAGGCACCAGUUCCAGAAGGAGAAGGAGUCGACGCAGGAGCUCAUUGAGGACCUCAGGAAGCAGCUGGAGCACCUGCAGCUCUUCAAGCUGGAGGCAGAGCAGCGCCGGGGCCGCAGCAGCAGCAUGGGGCUGCAGGAGUACAACAGCAGGACACGGGAGACUGAGCUGGAGCAGGAGAUCAAGCAGCUCAAGCAGGAUAACAGGAACCUGAAGGAGCAGAACGAUGAGCUCAAUGGGCAGAUCAUCAACCUGAGCAUCCAGGGAGCCAAGAACCUGUUCUCAGCCUCCUUCUCUGAGUCCCUGGCAGCCGAGAUCAGCUCUGUCUCCAGAGAUGAGCUCAUGGAAGCAAUCCAGAAGCAGGAGGAGAUCAACUUCCGCCUGCAGGAUUACAUCGACAGGAUCAUCGUGGCCAUCAUGGAGACCAACCCCUCCAUCCUGGAGGUCAAGUAGUGCAGCCGGGAGGAUUUGGUGCUCUGAGAGGAUGAAGAGGGACUCCAAACGUCUUUGCACUUGAUGAAGGCACAAGGAAGCCUCAGGUCGGGGAGUGACUGAGCCACGGACCAGGGAAAAGGAAAAGCAGCAGGCAGGCUUUGUUGUCUGACUGCGUUAUUUCGAAGCCCUCCUGGCUGUGGAGGGGUGAAAGGGAACCUGGAGAAGGAGCUCAGGAAAGGGACACUGCAGGAAGUGCCUGUGGCGCUGGGGACUGUCCCGACAGGCACCGCCCCUCCGAGGGACACGGCGAUGGAAGCGCCAGCGCUGACUUUGCCCCGCUGUGCCAAAGUGUCCCUGACACACCCACCGGGCAGAGCCAGGGCAGCGCCUCCCGGACUCGCACAGGGUUGGGGUUUGCUUUUGGUUUGGGGUUUUGGUUUAUUUUUUAAUUAACUUAAUGCAAAUGGCCUCAUCCAGCUGGCUCAGCCCGUCCUCGCCCCGUGCUCGGGCUGCGUGCAGAGCCCGCGGGGGCAGCCCGGGGCUCUCGGGGACAGGGCUGAGCACACUCGGUCACCUGCCUCCUUAUUUAUUGUUGCUGUCCGUGGCUCGGUACUGUCGGCACGUCUCGGCAUCCCGGCUCUGCUCCCUCCUCCUCCUCCUGCUCCUGCUGCUGCCGGGCUCUGCCGCUGAGGUGGCUCCGGGAGGAGCUGUCCCUCGUCCCCAGCUGGGGACAGGCUCUGUGCGGCACCGGGGCAAGGCUGCAGCGCCUCCGGCCGCCUCUCCUCGUCCUGGCUGGGACACGCAGCGCUUUGGAGCUGCAGUGGAGCCCCGAGGUGGCCGGCUCCCCUCCCGAAGCCUGGGGACAGUGGCCUGUGCCAUUGCCAGCCGGAGCAGGGCUCUGCUGGUGAUAGCUGCAGCCCUGGAGGGAGAGCCUGCUCCGGCUCCUUCCCCCGAUCCUGGGCUGGAGGAGCCCCCUCGUUCCUCAUCCCUGGCACCGGCCGGGGCUGGAAUCUCUGUGCCGACGGGGACGGGAGCUGGAGAACACCAGCAGCUCCCUGGAAACAAAAGCCAUGUUUACAUCAGACAGCUCUGUGCACGGCCGUGGCGCAGCGUGGCCCGGCAGUGGCCGCUGUCCCCUCCCAGCCAGCGCCAUCCCCGGCACCGGCUUCAGCCCGCCGCUCCUCUUCCUCCCGCUCCUCAGGUUUGGGAGUGCCAGGACGGCCUGGAAGCAGAAGCCACAGCAGUCCCGGGGGUGCCUGCUCCCCCCAAAGCCCUCCAGCCCUGGGGGUGACCCGGUGCAGGGGGACACUGUCACCACUCAUGCAGGGGACAGCGGCCGAGCCACUCUGGGGCUGAUCCCUGCGGGGCAGCGGGCUCAGGGUGAGCCCCAAACCCCGGGGCAGCCCCUGCACCACCCCGGCCCUCCCUCCCUGCUCCCCUCCCUGCCCCGAGGCCGCGGGAAGAAGCCACGUAAUGUACAUUUCCAGAGAAGCUUUGGGUGUAAAUCAGUGUAUACUUGGAGAGGGAAAAUUUUUCUAUCUUGUAGAGUAGGUAUUUUUAUAGAAUGAAGGUUGAUCCAUUUUUUUAAUACUUUAAAAGAAGAGAGAAAUGUAUCUGUGUAUACACAAAAGCAUAUAUAUAUAUAUAUAUAUGUAUAAAUAUAUAAAUAUUGGAGAUCUGCCUUUCUCGACUUGGGAUCCUGGAUCCCCAGGUCUCAAACAAUCGUUUGUUUUUUCCUGUCGCUCUCACAGAGGUACUGUAACUGUAAAUAAGCACCGGGGGGAAAAAAAAAAAGUUUUAAGCAAACAAAAAGCACUGACUUGCACAUUCACCAUGCUUUAAAGUCCCUAUGGAGAGAGAAAAACAAAAACAAAAACAAGACAAAAACUGUACAUCCUGAAAAUGUUCCUCUUUCCCGACCGCUAUGUGAAGGAAGUCCCCCCAAAAAAGAGGCAAAAAUGGUAUUGUCUUAACUGAUGUAUCAAUUCUUGUCGGAUUAAAAGCUGUUACUAUUCCUG